AUGUCCGAUGAUGAGCUUCAAGAGGAAGCCGCAAGCAUCCUCCAACGUGCCGAGGCUUGCUCGCCCAAGCCCUCGAAAAAUUGCGCUGAAUUCCUGGUUCGAGUGGUGCAAGAGUCGAAGCUGUGGAUUGAGCCUUUCCGCGAACGGACCAGACAGCUGUUCAGCAUCGGUGUUGAGAACGAUGCUAGUAAUAUACCCGUCAAUGCAACUGUGAAUGAUACACCGUUUACGGAGCAACAAAUCGCCACCAAUAUUCACCAUGGAAACUCCGUGGUGGCGGCAAGAGCAGCAAGUUUGUUGCUCACGAAGCAGUAUACAUCGCCAGAAACAGGUGGAACUUCAACAUCCACAUCGACCAGCAUCCCCUCUUCUGAUGUUGAGAAAAGAAACACAAGUCUCGACCGAAUACCGGCCUUCACGAUUGUGAACACAAACGGAAAUACCGAGAUACGUCAAGAUAUUCACGUACCAUUCCUGCUCAACGACCACAACAUCUAUGCACGUCUCGCCGCCGGGCUCUCACGGUUUGUUGGAGCAACCAUGUCACCCAACAACCCGAAUAGACAUACUCCUACUGACGAUGAGCUUCGGUAUCAGGCAAGAUGGAUGUGGUUUAAUGAGGACGACCCCUGGAACCAAACGCCUGCAGAUAAUGAUGAGUGGUUGCUUAGGUUCAAGCAAAGCGUUGGUAUCAUUUUGGUCAACCCAGAAGAAAUGCUCUCAUGA